AUGUCGUUCAGUCUGAGACCUCGAACAUCACAGUUGGUGGAGCUUCAUGUGUUUUAUGUCCCAGAAGAAGUGUGGAACUUCAAGCUGAAUACAGUUCCUGUAGCUCUUACUAGCAAAUUCAUCUCAGCCGGAUUUAUAAGGGUGUCUCCUCACAUCACAUUAAGAGUGCUACGGGAGAAGCUUGGAGAGUACCUGGGUGGAGUUGCAGUUGCAGAUAAAUUCAAAUUUUUAAAAUGCAUUGGGAAAAAACUAGCAGUGGUGAAAGCAAAGCAAGAAACAGAACUGGAACUGAAGUCAUUUGCUCCUCCUUAUGCACUUUAUCCUGAAUUAUAUUUAUUACCUGGAGUGGAAUACUUUGAAGAUGUUUAUCCAUUAUCAUCAUCGACUCAACAGAGACAUCACUUUAAUGCAGAAGCUAAUGGAUCAAGAUUAUCCAGUCUUCCCCAACAAAAACCUGAAAAAAGCAAACGAUUUUUAGAAAGCACACAAAGCAGUCAUCAGCUAGAAAAUCAGGAAGCGAACAGUCCUGUGAAAUGGGGUGAGAAAGAACCUGUUCCAGUUUUGCACGUAAAACAUGAGCAAGGCCAUAACAGCAGGAUUCAAGGAAAACAGAUGCAGUUUAGAGAAAAAAAUGAAAAUGGAUCCAGUGGAUCUCUCUUUGCACCAAGUAAUUCAAAUCCUGCAGACUGGGAGUCUGGAGAGAGUGAUGUGCUAUUACCGACUUCCCAGCAAAAUCAUCUCAGUCAGAAUCAAAAAGAGCAUAAUACUCCUAAGUGGAAUGACAAAGCCAACGGAACUGCUCUUACUCUUCCUGUAGACCACAGUGAUGAACAAGGCCAGUAUAACCAAACACCCAAAAAUGACAUUAAAUAUCGAAAGGAACUAAGCAUGAAACUGCUCAUUACAAACAUGGAAAAUAAUGACCACCAAAAAGAUACCAGACUAAGAAGAGACAAAACACAGGAUUCUGGAAUUCCUAAAACAAUGAAAGAGCAAACCCCACAAUAUGUGCACAAAACCCAAAGCUUGCAGCAAUACAGAACUAGCGAGUCUAUAGCUGAUCCUGGUGAAAAACUGGAUAGUCAGGCAGAUCAAAACAAGCAAAGUCAUCUUACUUGUCCAAAAGAAUAUAUUUCGCCUCCUAGUCCGCCUUUUCUGGCGCUUUCUGUAAAUCCAGCUCAGGUUCCUGCAAUUCAGGCAGAAAUUCGUGAGGAAUGGAAAAAGAAGUACUUUGAAACUAAGAAAGCUACGGUUUCUCUGGAGGAUGCUUUAAACAAACUGCGACAAGAUGUAGAGCUUUACCACCAGAAACUACUCGUGCAAUUGGAAGCCAGAGAUAGCCGAAAACAACCAAACAAUAUGGCAAACUCCAAGAAUUACACAAUCAUCCGCAUUACUACAGUGCAGCAUGAACUUGAUCAGCUGAGGAGGAAGCUGGAUGAUACAAAAAUGAAACUCAUAACAGAAAUCAAGAUGAGAAAGCAGGCAGCAUCUGAUUUACGAGCACUGAGAGCGGAACUGACACAGAAGAAGAUUCAUUCAGCUUUAAUUCUCCAGUCCAGAAAAUCAGGAAUUUAA